AUAAGCUUUCAGCUUGAAAUAUACUAUCCAUUACUUUUCGGGUGCCGUUUUUAUUCGGUUUGGUGUGAAUUCAAUUCUAACAGAAUGUGAUCAAAGCAGUCUCAGUCUUUAAAAAUUACCGUGUCCUAAUUUUGUGGCGUUCUAAUAUCAUUCUAAUAUCUAAAAUGACGUUCCUUCAUUACCUAAAGUUGUUCGGUCGGGUCGUUGCGCUCAACUCAAAACGCAAUUUUAUGUCUUCUAUGACUCCCAAACUGCCACUGCCAAGCAUAAGAAUAUUCAACGAACCUGUACUCAGCUACAAACUUAAGAGUAGGGAAAGAUUGCAAUUGGAAUAUACCCUAGAACAGAUGUCACAUUCAUGCGAAGAUAUUCCAAUCGUUAUCGGUACAAAAGAGUUCAGAACAAAAUCCAUUCAAUCCCAAGUCAUGCCCUUCGAUCAUAAACAUAAAAUUGCAACAUUCUAUCAUGCGGAUGAGAGUCUAAUAAAAUUGGCUAUGGAAACCUCUACAAAGGCCCAAAGGCAUUGGGACAGGACCUCAUAUCAAGAACGCUUUCGUAUUUGGGAGAAGGCAGCACAGUUAAUGACAUAUCGUUAUCGGUAUGAAUUGAAUGCUGCCACAAUGCUCGGACAAGGAAAAACGGUUAUCCAGGCUGAAUUAGAUGCUGCAUGUGAACUGAUUGAUUUCAUGCGAUGGAAUCCUUAUUUUCUCAUGGAUUUCCUAAACUAUCAACCAUUCAGCCCAAAUCCGGAAUUGUCAAAAAAUACAUUUCGGUUGCGUGGUAUUGAGGGUUUCGUUGCUGCUAUUACUCCAUUCAAUUUCACUGCAAUUGGUGGAAAUCUAGCACUAACGCCAGUCCUUACAGGCAAUUCUGUUGUGUGGAAACCAUCCGACACUGCUAUUCUUUCCAAUUGGACAAUUUUCAAAAUUAUGAGAGAAGCUGGUCUACCACCAGGAGUAGUUAAUUUUGUUCCAAGCGAUGGACCAACAUUUGGAGAAUUGAUAACACAAUCACCUGACCUUGCUGGAAUAAAUUUCACCGGUUCGGUUCAGACUUUCCAAAAUCUCUGGAAAGAAGUCGGUGAAAACGUUUCCAAUUUCAAAAAUUUCCCACGACUCAUUGGUGAGUGCGGCGGUAAGAACUACCAUUUCGUCCAUCCGUCAGCCGAUCGUAUUACAGCUGUUGCGGCCACAAUUCGAUCAGCCUUCGAGUACAGUGGUCAGAAAUGCUCAGCUUGCUCGAGAGCUUACAUCCCGAAAUCAUUGUGGCCAGAAAUGAAACGCGAUUUGUUGGAGUUGAGAUCGGCGUUGAAAAUCACAGAUGUGAGAGAUUUUACCGCAUUCUCGUCGGCUGUAAUCGAUGAGAGGUCCUUUGAUCGAAUAAAUAGUUACCUAGAGCAUGCAGAGCAAACAGACACUUUAGAGAUUAUUGGCGGCGGUAAUCGAGAUAAAUCGAAGGGGUAUUUCGUGGAACCCACAAUUGUUGUGACAACCGAUCCAGACGAUAAACUCAUGACAGAGGAGAUAUUCGGACCAAUUCUUUGUAUUUAUGUGUACGACGAUGAUGAACUUCUCGAAACUGUGAAAUUAGUCAAACGAUCAAAAUAUGCGUUAACGGGAGCGGUGUUUGCACUCGACAUGAACUUUGUUAAAUAUGCAUGCGAUCAAUUUAGAAUGACCGCUGGUAAUUUCUACAUCAAUGAUAAGUCAACGGGAUCCGUUGUUGGACAGCAACCGUUCGGUGGGGCUCGCCUUUCCGGCACUAACGACAAAGCUGGUGGACCACUUUUCGUGUUAAGAUGGUCCUCACCGCAGACUAUCAAACAAACCCACGCACCGUCCGGAGAUGUCUCUUACCCAUAUAUGUUGAAGAAGUAAAUAAAUUCAGAUUCAGAGUGACAAUAUUGGAGUAUGUACAGCAACGACGGUUUUUAGUGUUGAUUUACAAAAAAAUGUAAAUUGUUUUCAUUAAAUUUUUUGUAGUUUUUU